UUGACUAAAACAGGUGGUGGGGCAAGACCUGCAACUCCUAAUGAUGGAGUAAUAGAAAUCAAAGAUUUGUUGAAUCCUGCAGAGGUGUUUAGGGAUCAUAAUAUAUAUGAUUCAGAUGGGAUUAACCAUGAUGACUAUAUAAACAACAUGAUAAGCCAUAGCAAAAUGUUGAAAGAGGAAGAACAAAGAGACGUUUGGAAAUGGCUGAAGAGGAACAUGCAAUUAAAAUGGGAGAACAUGCAAUUAAAAUGGAAAUACAUAAAUAAUAACUAA